GGGGGCGCUGUCGCAACGAGCGGCGGCUCCGGCGGCGGCUCCAGGUGCGGCCGAGGCGGCGGCUCCGGGCGCGGGGCAGCACCUAAAGGACCCUGCAGGACACCGGGAGCAGAACAGCUGCCGGCCUCAGCGUCUCCUCCGGAGCGGGACAUGGCCUCCGCGCUCCCCGGCAGCUGCCUCUGCUCAUCCAGCCUCCCUCAAGCACCAGGUGAAGCUGUGCCCAGCAGCACCGCCAGCAUCUCCCUGUGGACGGUGGUGGCUGCUGUGCAGGCGGUGGAGAAGAGCAUCGAGGCCCACGCCUCCCGGCUGCUCAACCUCGAGCGCAGGACGGUGACCACCGAGAAAAAGUACUUGGACUGUGAAAAAACAGUGGUGGAUUUUGGGAACCAGCUGGAGAGUAAACUGACUGUACUGAGCACUCUCAUCCGGGAGUACGGGCAGCUGCAGCGGCGUCUGGAGCACAUGGAGAACCUGCUAAAGGAUAAGGAUUUCUGUUUGGUGCGCCUGCCCUCUGGUCUCAAGGCACCCGAGGCGUCUGAAAGUGAAAGUGCUUUCUUUGCUGAGCAAGAGUGGGAGAGCCUGGAGGAAUGGCAGAAGGAGCUGUACAAGAACAUGCUGAGAGGGAGCAGCGAAUCUCUGAGCUCUCUGGAUUAUGCAACCUCCAAACCUGACCUCCUGUCCCGGCUUCAGAGAGGAGAGGCGCCCUGCAGUGAGGUGACCUCGGAACAGAAGGAGAUUCCUACAGAACCGAGUGCAGCAGACUUCAGCAUUCCAGAGCCGAGCUUUGCAGGUGCUCUGAAGCAAAAUGAAGAGGUGUGUGCAGAGGAGCCGGAAGCCACGGAGGGUGCAGAGUUUACUGAGCUCAGCGUGGUUCCAGCUGAUGAGGUGAUAGCAUUCAAAAUAGAGCAGCUGGACUCUGAUGAAUGCCUGCAAAGCUCAGAGUGUCCCACAGCUUUACCCGGGGAAUCAGCAGUUAUGGUUUUCCAGAGUGUCAACGAGGCGCUGCCCUUUGACAGUCAGUACAGCUCUCCUGUGCCCCUGGGAAACCAGAGCAUGAGCAGGUUGGUGCCAUCUGCUUCUGGGGAAGGUGAUCUUGGCGAGAUCAGCACCAUCACGUUCUACAGGCAAGAGUAUCCCGAGGAGAGGCCUCACUCGUGUGUUGCAUGCAGGAAGGGCUUAUGUCUGAAGAAGAUGCUGAUGAUGCAGCAUCAGAAUCACAGCACGCUGUGUGGCAGCGAGCUCACUGAAGAUGAGAACAUCUUUAUCUAUCAGCCUCACCAGCAGAUCCAUGUUGCCACGGAGAGCUUCAAGCAGAACCUGAAGGUAAAAGCUGCUGCUGGCAUCCCAGCCACAAACAAGGCACGUGGCAGUUCCAGGUGCAUGAAGAGCAUCAACAGCAACCGCAACAAACCAGGUCACCCACAAGGGAAGCCUUACAAGUGCAGCAAGUGUCAGGAGUGCUUCUCUCAGAAGAAAACCCUCAUCAUCCACCAGCGCAUUCACUCAGGCCGGAGCCCGGGCGUCCUUUGGUGCUCGUACUGUGGGAAGACUUUCAGCCAUCCGUCCAAUCUGAUCCGGCAUCAGAGGAUCCACACUGGGGAGAGGCCAUACCAAUGCAACGAGUGCUUGAAGCGCUUCACCCAGAAGCAGCACCUCCUUCAGCACGAGAAGAUCCACCUGCGGGAGAGGAACUGCGCGGUCAGGAAUCAUAUGAGGGAGGCACCGCUAUAGGGCUUCCAGGUGGUGCAGAGCUCACGAGGCCCUACAGCCCCUGGACGAGGAAGGCAGGAGAGGACAGAGUCUCUGCUGCUCAGCAUUAAAGUCUCUCUAUUUAUCAUAAAGGUCCAAGCAAAGUAGAAUUAGGAUCCACCACGGCAUAACUGCCCUCUUCUUCGUGGUGGUGAUGAUGUGAUACCUCAUAGCUGAAAAUGUCCUGAGAACAAAAGUGUUCAGGGUCUCUCCAGGUCUGAGUCAGUUAUUUGAACUGGUUAUGGCAAGGUAAAGUUUAUGGAAGCAGCUGCUUUUCACCUGGAGUUUCCCUGGCUGCGUUCCCUGAUGAGUUUCCGCCAUGCUCAGUUUCAUGGGGCAAGUUGUAGUGACAUGUUCAAAAGACUUAAAAGACUCCAAGAUAUUAAAGACAUGCAUGAGAGGAAGUCUCACUGGUGACUUGCAGGGAGACUCUGGGUUUGUGCUGCAGUGACAGGGGAAUUCCCUUUUUGUCUUGCUUCUGAGCACACCUAAUGGAGGCAGCGUUGCCUGGGCUCCUCCUGGUACCUCUUGGACUCCCAGUGAAGUGAGCGUGGGGAUAAGGUUCUGCUAACCGCCUCUACAUUAACACUUUUUCCUUUGUCUUUAAUUAUUGUCUUCAUCUCUCUUUCCUCCUGAUAGCAUGAGGUAUGUAUUAGGGAUGAGCUUUCAUUGUAUCCCAAAACAAAACAUGUUUGGCCAACGGCCCAAAUACAUCAUGCAACUUCAGGGCUCACGGUGCUGCCUGACCUGGAUUAAAGCUGCUACUUGAUCUGUCUGUUGCUUAUGGGGCAUUAGAAACCUCUCUGCCACUUCCUGGUCCCCAGGUGCCUGCUAAGGGGCAGGUGGCCGGCUCAUGCUUGCACAGGGUGACAGAGGUUUUCCUGGGCAGCCUGGAAGCUCUUCUGGCCCAGGAGUGAGCUCUUCCCAGGACCUCAGCAUUCAAUGCCACCUACCCUGAUGGAGCACAAGACAGGAGUGCUGCUGUGCCUGUUGCAGCCAAGCAGCAAGGCUGGCUCCAAGCUCUGGUUUAAGCUAACCCGAUCCCUGCAGAAUCUGGAGCAGGUUGGGGUGAGCCUUUGUGAGCAGCUCGUGCUGCAGGAGUUGCAGCCCGUUUGAGCCUGUUCAGUAAACUGAUCCAUCCUGCAGUGCUUGCUGCUGACAGCUGCUCAGCUGCUUGUUUCCUCCUUCCCUUUUUGUUGGUAGUCUGUGAGCCUCCAGGGCAGGGAGCACCUUUCUGCCAUUUGCAAAAUGCCAGUUCAACCUGCAGGCAGAUACUUGACUUGUUUAAUUACCAUAACAUUAAACUUGAACGGAUUAAAGCUGUGAAGCCUUCAGCGCUGCUUCUUUUUGGUGGGUUCUUUUUGAAAAGCACUUUGCCUGCCUGCUUGGCCCUGGGUGUGUGUCCAUAGGGAAGGGCUGUGUGCAUGGCCACUGAGCUCCCAGUGCUCCUGCUGUGUUUGGAGCACUUUGCCUUGCCUUUCUUGCACCAGAAACACAAUGGAGUGGGUUUUCAUUGCGUGUUUUGGUUUGUUUUAAUGCUGCAGUGAAACCUGAGCAGGAGAGCUGAUUUCAAUGUGUGUGUAUCUGAGAUUCAAAGGGUGCCACGGUGCCAAUAGCAUCUACAAAUAGGAUGGAAGUAAACUCACUGUGCAGUUCUCACCCUGCAGGCAAACCAAGUCAAUGCUGCCAGCGAAAACCUUUCAGCCACCAUCAGUUCAGCCCAUUGGAGCGGAGGCAGGCAGGAUGACUCUGGGAUACAAACAUGCAGUUUGUGUUGCUCAAAGCAGCAGUGGUGCUCUGUGAGGGCAGCAGCCUCAGUCUUGGAUAGGAUCACUUCUAUAGUGGAUCAUUCUACAAAUCAACAACUACAGGCGACUGUUCUGUGCUGUUAUGGCGUGAUACAAAAGGGCAGCAGAAACCAUGGAAGUCUGCAGUGUUGCCAUCUCUGCUCUGUGUUGCGCUGCUGUCGUGUACUUUCUAGUGCUGACCUCGUACUGCUUUGUUACCGUUAGACAGUUUGGUUUUCAGCAUUGAUUGAAUAAAGAAGCUGCCUGCCAGCUGAUGUGUUCACAUC